AGAAUCCAAUAUCCAAUAUGAAUUCAUUAUUUACCAUAGAGAAAGUAUAUCUAUCCAUGGCGGAUCUCAUCGCUGUCAAGUCUCUAUUUCUAUCCCAAUUAUGAAGCAUCUUCAAUGAUUUUUAGUGGUUUUAAAAAGUGGAAGUGAUAGUGUGGCGGUGCGGUCUCGGAGAUAGUGCUCGUUGGUCGGCAGCACCAUGUUCAGCGGGACGGUGCGUGUGAAGGUGUGCGAGGCGACGGGCCUCAGGCCGACCGACUUUCAGAAACGGCACAACAUGACCUUCGGAAAGCCAGACGACCAGCCAAUAGAUCCGUACGUGUCGAUCGAUGCCGACGAGCACCAUCUAGACCGGUCGAGCACCAAACCAAAAACUUUCGACCCUGUGUGGAAUGAGACAUUCAUACACGAGGUUCAGAAUGUCACUAGCUUGGGCAUCACAGUAUUUCAUGAUGCUGCAAUUCCCCCUGAUGAUUUUGUUGCAAACUGCACUAUCCCUUUUGAAGAUUUGAUGCACCGAGAGAAAGAUGCUACUGAUUUCUGGGUGGACCUAGAACCGCAGGGAAAAUUACACCUGAAAAUUGAUCUGAAAUGGAAUUCUCAAGCGGGCGGCGCGCGCGCGGCGCGGGGGCGCGAGUUCAAGGAGGGCGCGGGGUUCGCGCGGCGGCGCGGGGCCAUGCGGCGCCGCGUGCACCAGGUCAACGGCCACAAGUUCAUGGCCACCUUCCUGCGCCAGCCCACCUUCUGCAGCCACUGCCGCGAGUUCAUCUGGGGUAUCGGGAAACAAGGAUACCAGUGUCAAGUUUGCACUUGUGUAGUACACAAGCGAUGUCAUUCGUCCGUUGUCACCAAAUGUCCCGGGAUGAAAGAAGAGCAGCUGGGCGACGUGGACGUGUCGGGCGGGCAGCGCUUCAACGUGAACGUGCCGCACCGGUUCGUCGUGCACUCCUACAAACGCUUCACGUUCUGCGACCACUGCGGCUCGCUGCUCUACGGCCUCAUCAAGCAGGGCCUGCAGUGCGAAGUGUGUUCGAUGAACGUGCACAAGCGAUGUCAGAAGAACGUGGCCAACAACUGCGGGAUCAACACGAAGCGGAUGGCGGUCAUCCUGCACGAGAUCGGAGUGUCGCCCGACAAGCACCCGCGCCCCAAGGCCUCCAAGUAUUUGAACACUCCGCUAAUGGAGGGACCGCCGGACCUCUCCUCCGAAGAGGGGAAGGAUUCUGACAAACACGAUGACAAAAGUGUGCAGGGUGCGCUGUGGGGCUCGCACUGGGCCGAGCUCCAGGAAAUAUUCACGUGUUACGAAGGUUCGAAGCAGGAGCCGCCGUGGAGUUCUCACUGGGACGAUCUCCAGGACAUAUUUAGUGGCCAAGGUUCUAUAUUCAUUUCAAUUGAACGAAAAGCCGUCGUUAAUCGCGGGGACGGCGAGGGCGAGGCGGACGAGGGCCACAAGGUGUCGCUGGCGGACUUCCACUUCAUCAAGGUGCUCGGCAAGGGCUCGUUCGGGAAGGUGAUGCUGGCCGAGAAGAAGGGCACGGACGAGGUGUACGCGGUGAAGGUGCUGAAGAAGGACGCCAUCAUCCAGGACGACGACGUGGAGUGCACGCUGACGGAGCGGCGCGUGCUGGCGCUGGCGGCGCGCCACCCGUUCCUGACGGCGCUGCACUGCGCCUUCCAGACGCCCGAGCGGCUGUUCUUCGUCAUGGAGUACGUGGACGGCGGCGACCUCAUGUUCCAGAUCCAGCGCGCGCGCAAGUUCGACGAGCCGCGCGCGCGCUUCUACGCCGCCGAGGUCACGCUGGCGCUCACCUUCCUGCACUCGCACGGCGUCAUCUACCGCGACCUCAAGCUGGACAACAUCCUGCUGGACAGCGAGGGCCACUGCAAGCUGGCCGACUUCGGCAUGUGCAAGGAGGGCAUCCUCGACGGUGCGACCACUACGACCUUCUGUGGAACUCCGGACUAUAUCGCGCCAGAGAUCCUGCAGGAGCUCGAGUACGGCCCGUCGGUGGACUGGUGGGCGCUGGGGGUGCUGCUGUACGAGAUGCUGGCGGGCCAGCCGCCCUUCGAGGCCGACAACGAGGACGACCUGUUCGAGUCCAUCCUGCACGACGACGUGCUGUACCCCGUGUGGCUCUCCAAGGACGCCGUCUCCAUACUCAAGGGCUUCAUGACGAAGAACCCGGCGCGGCGGCUCGGCGUGCUGGGCGGCGCGGGCGGCAUCCGCCAGCACGCCUUCUUCCGCGACGUGGACUGGGACGCGCUCGCGCACCGCCGGCUGCGGCCGCCCUUCCGGCCCAAGGUGAAGAGCAAGCGCGAGGCGGCCAACUUCGACGCGGAGUUCACGAAGGAGGAGCCCGGCCUCACGCCCGUGCCGCCCGACGUGCUGCGCGCCAUCAACCAGGAGGAGUUCAAGGGAUUCUCGUUCAUCAACAAGGACUUCAACCCCGCGCCGCCGCAGCCCUGAGCCCCCCCGCCGCCCGCCGCGCCCCGCCCCCGCCCCCCCAUAUGACGGUUCUAUUUAACGUUUCGGUGACGACUCUAGUCACGGAGUAUUAGUCGUCCUCGAGCGUAAUACAUGUUUUUAAAUAAACGACUGCGUUUGUAAAUAUAUUCUAUGGACAUGUGUAUGUUGAUAUUCUCGAGAAUCUACUCUGUUAUUGUAGGACGUGGUGACGUCGAGCGGGCGUUCGGUUCGAGUUCGUCCGUUCGUUCGCUGCGAACUACGAAGUCGCUAGCUUUAUUUAUGAACUCAUAGGGGUUCGGAGUCACUCGUUUUCAAACUACGUUUAAAUUAUUGUUUAUGUCUAGAAAAAAAAAAAAACCUUGAUCUCUAUAGCGAGGUCAAUAAUUUACCUUAAACAAAUAUUAUUUAGUUCAUUUAAAAAAAAAAUUAAAGCGACUGGCCUAAUGAUUGCAAUAAAUAUCGAACAAUUAACAUAGUUAUCAUGUUAAAUAGAAUUGUCCAUAAUCGCGAAGCAUCCAGUGCAUAUGUGUAAGUUUAACGGAAACGUUGUGUGACCGCAUCGACUCAACAUCGUGAGGUCGGUCCGUGGUGAUUAAAUUGUGACCUUAGUUCUGUAGGCUUACGUUAUAGUGGGGUAUUUGGCGUACGUCAUUUAAAUUUUAAAUGCUAUAUGAAAGAUAGAUAACACACAGUUUUGAUGCCGAAUUUUUUAUCUAAAUUUGACAUGGCUUACAAUAUUGACAUCUCUUUCUGACGCGUGAAAUUGAAAGGGAUAGCAAUAAUUGUCAACUUUAGCCGACAAUGUCUCUUCGCACCUCUUCCAACGGAACAGUGAGUUUGUCGAACAAAUCCGCACGUUGUCAGCUGCCUAAUUUCGGUUGAAUACCUCAUUGUAAUGUAAUUUCACGCAAACAUAUGGCCCCGUUAGUAGUUUAGUAUAAACGAUUACCUCAUACGUUUACGACAUACGUCACGAUACCGUAUCAAGUUGCCAAAAGUUGAGAUCUGUUCCGUUUGUAACGACAGCGGCCGGUCGCGACCUGUCGGGUACCUCGAUCUGAUAACUAGCCUAUAGUUUACGAUGUCACGUCUCAAGCUUAUGUAUAAUAAUAUAUAAAAUGUGUACAUUAUAAUAGAACCUCGAGAAAGUAAUGAAAUAGAAAUCGAUUGAACUUAUCGUUGAAAAGAAAUAAUUAUAAGUAUCGAUAAGAACAAUUAUCGACCGACUCGUGAGGAGUCCCGGCGCGGGGGAUUGUUUGCAUUUAGUGUCGUAGCGGCCGCUCCUUGGGCGCUACCACAAGCGUUCACCAGUGAAACGUUACUCGUUACAACGUACAAAAUAUCAAUAUGUAUUCGUUUCGUGAACGCUCGCGGAGACGAGGCCCGGUCGUCGCUCGGCCACGGUCUCCGCAGUCGUACUUUUUCACUAGCUUAAGUUUUUAAAUCUCGCGAGAUGAACCUUGUUCGAGGUGCUUUACUAUGGUAAGUUUUGAUGAUGUUAGAGAGUUUUAACCGUCGUGUCGAUGUCACUCUAGUUUCGUAGUUCGUUCCUGACGCCCGGAAUUAGUUGGUCCCGCGUCGUGCGCGCCGGACGUGACGGCGAUGGGCUGUGCGAGGUAUAUUUACAUUUUAUUUUAUUUAUUCGAUUUCUUAUACGUAUCGAUUGUGAAUCGAUAUUUUAAACUGCUUUAAUUUAACUGACAUUUAAAUUCGACUUAAAUAAUUUUAUAUUAGGUUCUAAUUUCCGUUUUACGAACUCCGAUUCUAUAUUGAAGAAGAAAGAAGCCCAUCGCCAAAGCACGCGAUUAUUUAUGAAUUCAAGUUUUACUAAAUUAUUUUAUUUUAAGUGUUUAUAUAUUACUUCUGGGUACUAAGAGUACAAAAUAUAUUGAAGCAACGUUCAUUUUGCAUGAUUAUUUCUAUAUUCGUUUAUGAGAUGAUUUAUAUUUUGAAUUUUCUGUAAAAUUAUUCAAUUGCUGUGUUUUAAAAUAUUUUCCUGUGGUAUCGAUUCUCGUGCAAAUAUAAUAUUAGAAUAUUAAUAUAGACCAAUAAAUAUGAAAUUUUAAAUAUUUAAAUAUUGAAUGUACAUAGUUAUUUUUUCAAAUGUUUAAAGUGAUGGCCGAGUGUGAUUUUCAAGUGAUUUUACGAAAAUUCAAAAUAUAAUCGCGUUUCGUUAUGUUGUCGAUGUGUUAACACGUUGUUACAGCGUCGCUGGUGUUGUAUUAUUUGUAGUUUUAACAAUCACCGAUACCAAAGGUUAUUAUAAGUUGAGGUCGAAUCGGACCGAAGUUGUUAUUAUUUUGAACAUUUUGUGCGUUUAUAUAAUAUACGUCGAGAGCAGCGCGGAGCACAAAAUUGCUUUAUGUAGGCGUUAGUGUGUACUAUAAAUAAAUAUAAAUUAUAAAUCUAUGUACGCUAAAUCAAUCGAUAUAUUAUAUGAUAUAUACCAUGUCUUACGUCUUUACGUGUGCUGUUGUUUACUGUUGUCCGUUUUUUAAUUUGUUUACGUCUUUGAUUUCGAUCAUGCGAUGUUGCGUUUCCAAAGUUUUAUAAUAUUUAAAAAGGUUUAAUGUAUACAUAAGUGAAUAUACGUCUUAAGUCGUUCGUAGUAGAGUCUAUUUUCGAUUGACGACGACGACGACGGCGGCGCAUGAGGACAUCUCGCCUCAUGGUUUGAUCUAAUAUUCGCGUAUCAAUGUUCGUGUGGUAUUCGGUUAUCUGUGUGCGUCGUACUAAUAUAAAUUAAAUUAGCGUAUAGCUGCGUUAUUUGUUUGUUCGAGUAUAUUUUAACCCGGUGCUGUGUACGCGUGUAGUGUUGCGAGCCGUUUAUGCAUUUCAAUGACCAGUUAAAACUAACUUUAGCCUUAACCGACGAGAGUAAUGUAAAAAUAAUUAAUUACUUAUAAAUAUAUAGGUGUAUCGUUUUUAUAUCGCUCGGAAUUGUAUUCCGUUCCAGAUAUCGAUAACUCGAUAGACAGACGCGCAACACUACAUCGUCACCCGUCUAGCUCGUCGCGUUAGGGAGAGACGUGCGCAGUAAUAUGUAAACUUUAGUUAUAGGUUUUAGCGAUAUCGAUAGCGAUACCGAAACACCGGGCUCGGAGUUAAGCCUGCAUACAAUAUGUUCCAAAAUAAUCGUUAGAAUAUAUUGAUUUUGACGUUUGACUGUUCGAAAAUUGAAUACUGUUUGUGUGCGUGCGUUAUAUAAAUGCGUUCUAAAAUUUAAAUAUUCCCAUACGAUUAUCUUAACUAAUAUUAACGAUACCUGUAUUGCAAAAAAAUUAUCGAGGAAUGCACGACGGUUUUAUUGUUCCGCGAACACAUACGCUGUCACGUGUCGUGCAUUCCUUCGAUAAAUAACGUAAGUGAUAUUACGAACGCUUACGGGUGAUUUAGUCUUAAAAUUGUACGAUUCCGUACGGAACGGUCCUACUGAAGAAGACUCGCGGUGAUGCGUCGCGUGUGACGUCACUCGCCGCGUUUUACGUGCGAAACGUAUUCAAUGAGCGAUUAGUUUUAUUUCGAAGGAAAGAUUUAUAUCAUGGUGGAAUAUUUCGCACUCGUUAUAUAAAUAAGGAGGGUUAGGCAUUCGUGUAGGUCGAGUAAGUGCACCGGGGAGUCGGAACGUUAGCGUUAGCGUCUGUUCUGAGCUCGUGAGUAGAUUCCGACCUAUUUUUUGUAUGAAACAUUUUUUUCAUAGUUUUCGUUUACAUUUGAUAGUAUUUCCGUUUUGUAUUGUUUAUUUUUUUUUUAGUAUUAACAAGUAUUAAUAGCGGUUUAAGUAGAACAAUUUUCGCGUUACAUUUUGAUCGUUAUAAUCUCACGCACAUUGUGUAUUUUGUAAUGUUUUGUGUAUUUGCUAUUGUAUUACGAAUACGUUGUUUUUAACGUCCGAAUAAAAAACGGCCCGCUUUUAGAAAAAUAUUUUUAUACAUUAUUAAUCUGAUUAUUCUGUUUUUUUUUUGUAUCGAAUCGAUUUUGCGAAGUACAGAUAAUAUGUGGGAAGAUGUUUUAGCUUCCAUUCGUUUUUUUUUUCUUUUUGGAAAUUUGUUUUUAUUGUUAAGUAUUAUAAAAUUACCAAAUUUUUUUUUACAUAUGACUUGUUUGUAAAAUUAUACCGAAUAUUGUGAAAACAGAUUAUGUCAAAGUAUAAGUGCAUUUUAUAAUUAUUUUUUAUUUACAAAAAAUGUGUAUUUAACUAAUGAUAAGGCAAAUAUUAUAAAUUCUAAAAGGGUUCAAUAGGAUGUAUAAGCGUUAACUAGACGCAUUAUAGUUGAAAUAAAUUUUGUCUCUUUUUUUUUUAAACUAGAAAUGCCAUUAGAAUAAAUAAGACAAAACAUAAUUCAGUUAAACUAUGUGUAAAUUAACUUUAUGUUUAAGUUCUCGUUGCGUUUCUACUAAAAUAGUUGGAAUUUUCUUUGUUUUUGUAACUGUUAAAAAAUAUCUAAAAUCAAUAAUAACACAUAGUAAUUAUAGAAUAUUGUCACCAAACGCGUGUUGUGGACGCAAAAGUUACCAGUUUAUCUAUUAUUUCGCUUUCGAUGCUAAAUAGUUGUUACGAAGUUAUUUCUUUUACAAAUGUCGACCGUCCGCGAGGUGGUACGCAAAUAAAGAUUAUUUAAUUAUAAAGUAAGUUACGUUAAAGUUGGCCGCACAAAACGUUUCAAUACAUUUGUGUUACUUCACUACACUGCAGGCUACAGUGGGAGGACAUGAUAGUUGUAUUCUGUAGAGGAUUUAAUCCGUGUCAAAAUCUUUGGAGUAAUUUGACAGGACUAGAAAUACCUCUGUCUCGUGUGUGCGACAGAGAAGGAUGUAAACUCGUUAGAGUCCUUUCAAAUUAGUUCGUUUUAUAUUAGUUUAGAAUUGGCGCCAAUGUGAUAUGUCAGUAACGGAUCCUAUUGGUCCAAUUUUCAAGCUGAUUGUCGAUUGUUUUCAAAUCUCAAUUAUAAUUGGUUAAUUUUACUUUUGUAGUAUCUCAAACAUUAUGUAAACGUCUCCACUAGUGCUCGGUUCCUAUAUUAAACGAAUCGUUAUUAUACAAACAGUAAUCGAUCGUUUUCGAGUUACUAGUAACGAGGCUUUAAAGUCGUUCCUAUAAGUUAGAUCAAAUAGAUAACACUCGUAAACAAAACGAAUCGUUUCUUCUUAUAGUAACCGGACAUUAGUCCGUUCGUAGUUUCGUUAGUGCGGUCGCCACCCGCGCCUGGCGCUCUUGUAGAUUAUUUCCACAAGUAUCUUCCAAUUCAACUACGCCAUUAACUUAUUUCGUGUUAGACUAAUUUUUGUAAUAAUAACUCGUGUCGUGUGUAUCUCGUAUCUCACUCGUAUUUAUAUUAUUUUGGUCGUUUUAUGUCCCUCGAGAAUUUCUACUUCAGUAAAGAUUUUCGGUAAAUUUUGACCAAUGAUAAUAAGGCUAUGUUCUCUAAGCAAACAGGACGAGCGAAGUCACGGGCAACAACUGCAAUAUACAAGUAAAUAGUAUCAACUGAGAGUGUGCCAAACGUUCCUGACCUCAAAGUCUUGUAAUUAACAUUAUUUUUUUUUUGUUACUUAUAUUUUAUUAACUUUAUAGUUUUUAAUUUUCUUGUCUAUUGAGAUUAUUGAAAACAUUGAGCUUUAGUUAUACAAUUUUAUUUUAAUAUAUCUGUUACUGUUAAAAAAACCACAGACUAUAUUCAACUCUUAAUCCUAGUGACGUGUACUAAGUCAUAUGUGAGUCGCAUAAUAUUUAGUUGUAUUGUUUUAGUACUUAAUGCGCCCACCAAGCAGUUGUGGGAUUAUUAUAAUUUGUAAAUUUUAUUUUUUAUAAUUUUAUUUUAUUGUGCCAUAUAGUGGACGUGACAAAAUAUACUGCUUUGUAUCGCUGAAAUGUUUAGAUAAUUAUAAUUGCAUGUGAUCUACUUUCGCACUCAAAUAUAACAUAUUAAUUGUAAUGUAGUACAACGUGAUUUGCUAGUGAAGUUAAAUGUUAUGCGCAUGCGCAAUACGAAGUGCGAAAGUAGAGAUCUGAGCCGUCGCCAUCACAAAGAUAUUUGCAAUGAACACAUCACACGAUUCGUUUCCAAUCACAAACGCGUCCGAUGAUAAAUUAUUUGCAUAAUAUUUAUAUAGUCAUAUAUUUUGUCCGAAUGUUAAAUUUAAGAUAAUUAUAUAGAAGUGAAGCGAUCUUAUUUAGUGAGUUAUAAUUUCAGAAUUCUAUUCUCUCCGUUGUGCCGUCGACAUUUUGAAUGAUCGGUGUAUGUUAUUUUGUACUCAAAUUUUUUAAAAUGUUUAUAUUGAAAUAUAUUUUACGCUUCUCAGAGGUGUUUUAGCCAAAGAAUAAAUAAAUAUUGUACAAACAUAGCGGCUUAAAGCCUAAAAUUGUUCUUAGUUGUCUUGCCAUUCGUUAUUCAAAUGUGUAUAGAGUAAUCGAAGCUUUGUACGCGAGAUGUACUUUGAAAACUGUCUCAUCGCUAUUCGUUCGAAGAAUCUCUUGUUUUAUGUCAAACCAUUGAUCACAACGAGAACGUUACGGCACGUUGUCGAUAUGUAUUGUUUCGCUAACCGUACCAAAGUGUAUCUCGCGUGUGUUAACUGUGUGUUGUGUUAAUUAAUUGUAGCUAACACGAGAAUGUGAGAGAGGAGGGGACGCCCCCCCUCCCCGAUAUAUAUAUAUUUGUUGUAUGUUCACUGAUCACAAUAGAACACAGUAGCUGAAUAAAUAAUAAUAAUAAUAAUAUAGUUUUAUGAUGAAAUAAAAUAUGUAUAUGUAAUCCUACAUGUCUAUUAAAUCAAUGAAAAUAGAUAAUA